AUGAUUUUAAGUCGUUUGAAAAGUGGGCCUCGAUACCCUAAUUUAAGACCGUCGUGGAAGCAUCGGAAUUCCGAGGAGGAGACGCCCUAUAUAGAUAUUAAAUCGGAAGGCCUGCGUGACAUCCUGCGUGUGGUGCUGCACGGCAUUAAAGCUAUUAGCCUUAUGGAGGAUAAGCCAUCGGUAAUUGAGACUGAAUAUACGGAGAACAUAGACAAUGAUUCGGACCAUGACUCGGUAUAUGCGGAGUAUCUCCGCCUGCUUAUCGACCACCUCAAGGACCGUCUCGAAUUAAUGCUGCAGUACGGUUAUAUUACAUAUGACCUUCUUUGGGCGCUUUUCAAGCCUGGCUGCCAUGUUUAUACUAUAUGGCUUGGCACAAAAGAGCCGCGAUGUGUUAGAUUCGACGCGGGGGAAGAAAUGACACAAAAUGACGAGACGUGGUGGAAUCUCGAGUGCCGUUUUAUUGAUUAUGACGGAGUCAAGUUUGGCGAGGCCGGAAUAUUUUUGCGUGUGGUAAAGUUCCGGGGGUUAAAGCCGAUCGAGAGCCUUGAGGCCUUCCCUCUCCGCUACUAUCUAAGGCACGAGUAA